UCGGCACACUGCACAUGUACAGAAUAUGCUAGACAAUGAGAUGUAUGCCAGAUACAGAUAUACGAAUGGUGGAAUAGAUUAUCUAGAGGAUUUGCUGAAGGAAUCGCUGGAAAGAACGACAAGAAGAAACAGAGCACUUACUGUUAGACAGAUGAUUCUGAUUACGUUGCGCUUCUUCGCCACAGGAGCAUUUUUUAACAUCAUUGGUGAUAGCAUGGGCUACCACAAGUGCACUGUGUCACGUGUUGUAGCCCAAGUAACAGAAGCAAUUUGUGGUCACAUACAUCAGUUUGUGAUGUGGCCUGAUGCCAAUGCUCGAGCAUGGAAUAUGACAGAAUUUUUUAAGAAAGCUGGUUUCCCGAAUGUUGUUGGAUGUGUAGACGGAACACAUAUCCGAAUCCAGGCGCCAUCCGAAGACGAACCAGCCUUCGUGAAUAGGAAAGGCUUCCAUAGCAUCAACAUGCAGGCUGUAUGUGACAUCAAAGGAAAAUUUACAAGUGUAAAUGCAAGCUGGCCUGGGUCGUGCCACGACGCGCACGUCUUCAGAACGUCGGGAUUGGCAGCCAAACUGACCAUUGAACAUGUGGCGUUUUCAGAUGGUGUCCUUUUAGGAGACAGUGGAUACGCCUCAGACCAGAAAAGGCAUGCAAGGUAGCUGUGGCAUGUGUAAUCCUACAUAAUAUUGCAGUGGACAUGAACA